CAAACAGAUAGAUUCAACGGACACUCCCCCAUGCCGAUUCCCUAAUAUCACCAUCAGACCCCCCCGCUCUCCCCUUCACUCCACUCACCUUCAUCACUCCCCUCUUCCCCUCUCUCCGGCCACUUCUCCGAUCAACUCAAAGUUGGACAUCACCGCGGCGGUGGACAUGGAAAGAUAAUGAGAAACUGGCGGGAACGACGGCCAUCGUAUAUAUCAUGUCGAUUAUGUACUCCGAUUGCCUCUCCGAUCUGCUCUGCGAGGAGGACUCCGGUGGAAUCCUCUCCGGGGACCCGCCGUCGCCGGAUAGCUCGUCGGACCUGGAGUCCCCGGCUUUCGUCGAGGAGUCGAUCGCCGAGCUCAUCGAGGACGAGAAGGACUUCGUGCCGGGGUUCGACUACCUCGCCCGGUUCCGCUCCCAGUUGCUCGACGCCUCCGCUAGGGAGGAGUCCGUUGCAUGGAUUCUCAAGGUGCAUGCUUACUACGGGUUCCAGCCGUUAACGGCGUAUCUGGCCGUUAAUUACCUGGAUCGCUUCCUAUAUUCGCGCAGCCUGCCGCAAACAGAUGGGUGGCCAAUGCAACUCCUCUCAGUCGCCUGCUUGUCUUUGGCCGCUAAAAUGGAGGAACCUCUGGUUCCUUCUCUUCUCGAUCUUCAGGUCGAAGGUGCCAAGUUCGUAUUCGAGCCCAGGACCAUAAGGAGGAUGGAGCUUCUCGUACUCACUGUCCUGAACUGGAGACUGCGGUCUGUAACACCGUUCAGCUUCAUCGGUUUCUUUGCUUGCAAGAUCGAUCCCUUGGGAUCGUGCGUUGGGUAUCUCAUUUCGCGAUCGACUGACAUAAUCUUAUCGGACAUUCAAGAAGCAAGCUUUCUUGAAUAUCGGCCAUCUUGCACUGCCGCAGCUGCAGUGCUCUGCGCUGCCAGCGAGAUCCCGAGCCUCAUGUCGCUGGUCAAUCCCGAGCAUGCAGAGUCGUGGUGCGAUGGGUUGAUCAAAGAGAAGAUCGUGGGCUGCUACCGGCUAAUGCAGAGUCUCGUGCUCAUUAAAAACAACAGCCGGAGGAAUAAGCCCCCAAAGGUGCUGCCGCAGUUCCGGGUUACGACCCGGGCAAGAAUAAUGUCAUUGAGGUACAGCGAUGACUCAUCGUCAUCAUCCUCUUCGUCCGCAUCUUCGCCAUAUAACAAAAGAAGGAAAUUAAACAACUCCCUGUGGGUAGAUGAUGACAAGGGAAGCUCCGAACAAUAAAAACACAACAUAAGAAUAUAGGGAGGAAGAUGGGGGGAAUAAAGAACAAAAAUAAAAACGAACGAAAAGCAAAAGGUGGUGGUCCAGAUCAGUUGGUGGUGAGAGUAGAAACCUCUGUGUUUUUUUGUAGGAGGGGUUUGAUGAGAUUAAAACUUGACUCGAGUGAUGUAGAGAUGGAAGUAUAUAUAUAAAUAUAUAUAGUGAGAGGGAGAGUGUAUGUAUGUCAUGAGAGAGAGUUUUGGUGGGUGUGUAGAUUUAUUAAUUUCUUUUCUUCUGUGGAGGCAUUGCCAUACAUCCAUUGAUGGCUCUGCGGAUUCCCAAGGGAAGGGAGGGGGGGACAGUGAGAGUAAUGGAGUGCCAAGAAAGUGAUGAAAUGUUAGGUGAGUGUUAUUCGUCCAUUUGGAUGUAUAAUGCUCGAUUAAGCUAUGAAAGUAAAAGAUUAGUCUCAUAAUGAAUUCACAGAUUAUCACGUAUAAGUAUAUUUUUACUCAUUCAAGUGAAUGGUAUUUAAUCGAAGAUAAUGGGGAGGGGACUGAUAUGAUUGAAUUCAAAGACUGCAUUGAUUACGGAAUGAAAGGGGAAUAGGGGAGGUGGUGGGACCCAGCAACCCCUAUGUACUUUAAAUAUAGCCAAGGGUUGGCACAGUUAGGGCUUCAUCAAGCUUUCGAGUUGAUCAAUCAUCUUCAAUGGUGGAAAGUCAAGGUUGAAGUCUUCAUCCCCCAUUUCCACAAGGUGGCCUGGCCACCAUCAAAUUUUUCAACGCCGGAGGUGGAAAAUAAGAGGACAUGGGGUGGAAGGGCUCCUCAAGACAGGGACUAUUUUGAUUGGGAGAGUUUAAUUCAUGAUUUGUGUGUGUGUAAUUAUCGUGUGCAUGUUUUUAUUUUUUCUGGCGGGAAUUACUUUCCCAUUCGUGGCCUCGGGUCGGCCUAACCAUACUAAAAGGAUUUUUCUUCUGAUUUUUUUGAUUUCCCGGGUGUCGUUCGCAUGCGUACGCGGGUUACAUGUGCGGGCGAAUACACAGAGAAUUGUAAUUUUUUAAUUGAAUUUUUCCGUGGCUUUUCGGCCUAACAAGGAAUACCAAAAGGGGUCCUCGGGGGGGCCUUCAUAUGCGUGCUGUAAUGGAUUCAUCGAUGUUGCAAUAAAAUUUGUAAUAUUUGAAUUGCCACAUUAA